AUAUGCGACUACGUAAAGAACGAUGGUUGGUCAGUAACGAAGGAUCCAAAAGGCCGUGUGGGACCGUACGCGUCAAAACGCGAUCAAUGGGUCAGUUACGACGACGUAUCCGACGUGAUGAGAAAGACCGAACUGAUAAAAGAGCUGAAUCUCGGCGGUGGAAUGAUCUGGUCAAUCGAUCUGGACGACUUUAAGAACCUAUGCAACUGCGGAAAGUAUCCGUUACUGGCGGCCUUGAAUCGCGGUCUUGAAAGAACGCUUGGUCACGCGACGGAUUGCACUUGAAACCGCGUAAUCGCGAAAGGACGCAUGUUUUGCGAAGGACGAGUAUCAUUGUAGUGUUAUCCGCGAAAGCGACCCUUUAUUUGACAACUUGAUUGUACGUAUCUAUAUAUAUAUUGUAAAUAUAUUGUUAUCGCAGUCAAAUUCAACAAGAACACGAAUUCACUGUGUAAUUUUUUUUGGCAAUCGAGCUAUCUUUUUUUUUAGGUACGAAAAGUGGUAUGAUAUCGAGAGAUCAGCUGAUAUCAAGUCGCGAUUGAUAAAUCACCGAAUGUUUUCUCGAAACCCAGACAGCCAAAUGCGAAAACUCAAUAUAAGACAAAUCAUUGUAUAGAUUAAGUUGCUCGCCAAUUGCUGUUGCGUUGUUUUUAUUUAA